AUGCCCCAGACAUCCGUCGUCUUCUCCAGUAUGCUCGGACCCAGCUGUAGCGGACAGGUGCAGCCCGGCAUGGGGGAGCGGGGAGGCGGGGCUGGCGGCUCCGGGGACCUCAUCUUCCAAGACGGUCGCCUCAUCUCUGGGUCCCUGGAAGCCUUGAUGGAGCACCUGGUCCCCACAGUGGACUAUUACCCCGAUAGGACAUAUAUCUUCACAUUUCUCCUGAGCUCCCGGGUCUUCAUGCCCCCCCAUGAUCUGCUGGCCCGUGUGGGGCAGAUCUGCUUAGAGCAGAGGCAGCACCUGGAGGCCGGGCCUGAAAAGCCCAGCAGGCUGGGCCUCCCGGCCGCUCUCCGCUCUGUGAAGGAGCGUCCUGAGCAGGUGCGAGGGGCGCAGGGCUCGGCCGCUCACAGGUUCUCCCUGUGCCCACAGCACCACAUGGAUCCAUCCAGCAACUUCUGCAACUACCGCACUGCCCUGCAGGGGGCCACGCAGAGGUCCCAGAUGGCCAACAGCAGUCGCGAGAAGAUUGUCAUUCCUGUGUUCAACCUCUUUGUUAAGGACAUCUACUUCCUGCACAAAAUCCACACGAACCACCUGCCUAAUGGGCACAUAAACUUCAAG